CGUUGGGGAUAUAAGGGCAGCGCAGCGGUGCCACCGAGGGAUCGGGAGCUGCCACCAGUGCCCCCCGUCUCGCUGCGUCCCCGUGUCCCCGUGCCACGUCCCGUGGAAGCCGCCAUGCCGCCCCGCUGGGCCUCGCUGCUGCUGCUGGCCUGCACCCUGCUGCUGCUCUCCAUGCCCCCGGCCGCCGCCGGCCCCUCGCAGCCCACCUACCCCGGGGAUGAUGCUCCCGUCGAGGACCUCGUCCGCUUCUACAACGACCUCCAGCAGUACCUCAACGUGGUCACGCGGCACCGGUACGGCCGGCGGUCCAGCAGCCGGGUGCUGUGUGAGGAGCCCAUGGGCACUGCUGGGUGCUGAGCCCCGGGUGCAGUGCUGACGGUGGGGCCCAGCGGGUGCUCGGGGAGGGGCUGCAACACCUGCAGCCCCCACAGAACCCCUCACACCGCCCCCCACCCCCCAACAAUAAACCCCAUUGCAGCCA